AUGACAUCCAAAUUAUUUCGUCGCUCGAUUUCCCUAACAUCCGCACUUGCAACUAAGCCUCGCUGUCAACCUCGUGGCAAAUUGUUCCAUAUAUUUCCACUACCUAGCGGGCAGAGAACGUUUUCCGCUCGCAGACCAUGUCUAUCUAGCUCUAAGGAUGAAGAUAGCACCAAUGUGUGGAAACUCACCCAAGAUGACGAAAGUCAAUAUUGGCAUGGUUACCUCUCAACACGGCCGAAAUACACCGACGACUUUUACCAGCUUAUGUAUGACUACCAUGCCGCCCGCUCCAAAAGUUCAUCAUUCUCUGUCGCACACGAUGUGGGUGCAGGACCAGGCCAUGUGUCCGCCAAGCUGAGCGAGCGAUUCUCCCACGUCGUCGUGAGCGACAACAAUAAGAACCACGUGGAUUAUGCACGGAGCUCUCUUCUCCAAUCGGACGUCCCGGCAUCGCGAUUCUCAUUCGAUAUCGCAAUGGGCGAGGAGCUCGGAUCAAGACACCCCGCUGCGUCCGCAGAUCUUGUAGCUUGUGCACUCAUGUUCCCGUUGAUGGACACCCAAGCCGCGUUACAGAGUUUCCGUUCCCUACUAAAACCUAACGGUACUCUUGCCAUCUGGUUCUAUGGACGUGCUCAUUUCUCGGAGGCAGAAUAUGCGUCAACGUGCCAGCCACUGUUAAAUGCAAUUAUUGAUCAUCAUUUUGGCGGUGUGAUCAAGGGAGGUGGGCCUGAGCACCAGGCGGGGUGGAAGCGUGCAGCGGAUGGAAUGGCCAGUUGGUUAGAUUACAUCCCGUUUCCCGAGGCGCAAUGGGGAUCCGUGGAGCGGCACAAGUGGAACUCGUCAUGGACAACUCUCCCGUUCUUUGGACAACCUGCGUGUGAUUUCCCCGUUGAGCCCAAGAGUAGCGUCACGGAGAAUGAGCUGGUGCUGAAGAAAGAAGACAGGGAGCUUUGGAGAAAAGACUGGGAUGUGAGUGAGCUGAGGAAAUUUGUUGAAUAUAUCUUUCCAUUUCAAAGCAUGGAUGAGGAAUCAGUGAAGCCACUGUGGGAGCAACUUGCCGCGAAUAUGGGUGGUUCUCAUGUUAAGCGAGCAUUUUCCUGGCCAUUACUUCUCAUCAUGGCGUCAAAGAAGUGA